AUGGCCGAUUCGGACGGCGAAUACGACGGUCAUGGCUCAGACGACGAGAUCGCCACGAAUGGAGGCCGUGCUAUGCCGUCAAGGUCCAAGGGCAGAGCACAGGCAAGUUGGGAGGCCGGAGCGACACGGGCUUGGGAGCUCAAAGAAGCGCCGGACGGAAGCAUCGAGGGCGUGUUGGGAGGUAUUGAAGAGGCCAGCAAACGAAAAAGGCUCUUGAAAGAUACGACUCCGCUCCAACGAGGUAUCAUUCGGCACACUAUUCUGAUGCUCGACCUCUCAGUCGCGAUGCUCGAAAAAGACUUACGUCCGACACGCCAUCUACUUACCAUCACAUACACCAUCGCAUUCAUCCGUGAGUUCUUCGAGCAGAACCCAAUCUCUCAGCUCGGAAUAUUGGGCAUGCGAGAGGGCCUGGCAAUUCGAGUAAGCGACAUGUCAGGUAAUCCGAACGACCAUAUUGCUGCCGUGCGAGCAUUGCGUGGGACAGAUCCCAAGGGCAAUCCCUCGCUACAGAAUGGUCUUGAUAUGGCCAGAGCAGCUCUAUAUCACACACCCUCUCAUGGUACCCGCGAAGUGGUCAUUAUACUGGGAGCUUUGCUCACAUCUGAUCCGGGUGACAUCCACGACACCAUCAAAGCAUGCAUCAAGGAUCGAAUACGAGUCACCAUCAUAGGUCUAGCAGCACAGAUGCACAUCUGCGCUGAAAUCUGCCGCAAGACCAAUGCCGGUGACGACAAUUGCUACAACGUAGCAGUCGACGAGGUCCAUUUCCGUGAGCUGUUGAUGGGAAUCACGACGCCUCCUGUUGUUCGCUCCACGGAUGCGGAAGCUCAAAAGCUCAAUCAAGCCGCGCUGCUUAUGAUGGGGUUCCCAUCUCGUAUCGUGGAGGAGCAUGCGACGCUGUGUGCUUGUCAUGGUAACCUCACGCGAGGUGGGUACCUGUGCAGCAGAUGCAAGGCCAAGGUUUGCAGUCUUCCAGCUACCUGUCCGACCUGCGAUCUGACGCUAAUCCUCUCCACCCAUCUGGCGCGUUCAUACCACCACCUGUUUCCGCUUCAGAACUGGGUUGAAGUAUCGUGGCAGCGCGCUGCGGACAGGGGAAGUGAACAAUGCUUCGGAUGCCUGUCGCCAUUUCCGCGAGUACAUGGCGCCACGAAUGGUGAUGAUGCAGACAAGACUUACUCGAAGAGAGCUGAGGGUGCUUCGGAGUCCAGCAGAUACGAGUGUGAGAGCUGUCAGAACCACUUCUGUAUCGACUGUGACUGCUUCAAUCAUGAGACCUCCCACAAUUGUCCUGGUUGUACAAGCAGCACGCAUUUGCCUGGUGCAGAGGGUUGA